GGCCGUUUUCGGUUCCCGACAAUGUUCCAGUCGUCCCCUGGCCUCCUGAAUUGAGUUACCUCCCCCCAAAAUACCAUCACCAUCGACGGUCGUUGAACGUCAGGUAGCUUGUCUGCCAAUAUGCCGCUUCACGGGGAAUCGCGCCGCGGUGGAGAUAUCCGUGAUGGCUCGUUCGCAAGUGGUGGAGGUGGUCAUAUGUCGAGGGCUGAAAGGUUCGAGGACGAGAAGAGGAGGAUUAUGCGCAGCUGCUUUUCGAAGAUGGAUGGCGAUGGCGUCGCAGUCGAGUCCUAUAUCACACAUGUACGCGUCACUGAGGAUGCUGCAUUUCCGUCCUCUCCUCCUCCGCCCAACUCGCCGCCUGAAAACAAAAAACGUCGUGUUAUUAUGAUUGCUGUAAGAAGGACGGGCAGGGUGCGCAUGCACAAAGCUAGGGAGAACGGCGAUGGAACAUUUUCCAUUGGGAAAACUUGGGUGCUUGACGACUUGACCGCAAUCCAAGCGUAUGACGCCUUCGUCCCACGGUCGCAAGCGGAACAGCAACAUAAAGAAUGGGCCUCGAAUGUCGGGUUUAUAGUUACCCUUGGGAAGUCUUACUACUGGCAAACAUCCACUGCCAAGGAGAAAAACUUCUUUAUUUCUAGUCUCGUGAGAGUCUACAAGAAAUACACCGGCGGCAAGGUCCCGACAUUGAUAGGCUUGGAUGAUCGUGAAUUGCAGCAAGUAACUGGAUAUGGCCGCCCAGGUCAAGUGGACGCCCCGCAAAUUCCCCCGCGUGCCCCAGUCUCGCAACCGUCUCGACUUCCCCAUCGGCCUCAAUCUCCAUCUGCAAACCGUAUGCCUAGUCAGGAUGCUCUGCGAGAAACAAGAAGACGACCGCCGGAGGAUCCGGCUUUACGGUUUCAAAGAAGUCGGGACCAAAUACAACGGCCUUCUACCGGUCAGUCGGCAAAGGCAGUUCCUCCUCCGUUUGGGUCUCAGCAAACUCCGCCGACUCCUCCCCUGGAUACGCGAGCUUCGCCACAGUCUCGUCCAAGUGAGCGUCUUGGAGAAAACAGAGGGCCUAAGAUUCCGUCAAUGCCAUUUGAGUCAAAAACUUCCAACCCAACCGGGGCUCCUGGUCCAAUACAAAAGCAGAGGCUUUAUGGUGACCUUGGAAAUGAUAGCCAAUCUAGUUUCAGGUCCUUCUCUUCACGGGAUGGAAGGAGCGUGCCGGAGUCACGUUCUGCUGUCCGGGGCCAAGACCUAGCCCCAAGUUCUCCGGAGCUUCAGCGUAGUAAGGAUGGCCUUCGACCAAGUACUCCUGGGUCGAAUUCCGUUGAAAAUCAGCAAAUUGUACCGAGUCCGGUGGCUAGCUUGGGACAGAAGUCUCUUAAUGAGAGUGCUGAGAAAUUAUCUAUCUCCGAAUCCCUAGGAAAAUCUCGAGAUGGUGAUACAUUGAACGGCUCAGCUAACGGGGACUCUGUCAUCCUGCCCCCUGCCCUCCGGCCGGGUCCUUCAAAAAGUAUCAUUCGUCCAGUUCCAUUGCCUGCCUCGGAGACACCUGAAGACGUGAGACCGUCCACACCCAAUCUUGACAAAUCUGCUGCUGAAGCUCCAAUGACCUCCCCACCGGCCAGCUCACCCUCGGCCCCACCAUCAGAGCCUGCAGAAGAGGACAAAGAUGCCCAUCGUCCUGGUCUCGGGCCAAUGGUGAAGAAAAAAUCAGGUAAAGAUAUCGCGGGUGCUUUCCGGAAAGCUGCUACUGCAUAUGGGGCGUUUAAACCAAGACCAGGAGGCGCUGGGGAGAGGCUACUAGCAGCAGCGGCUAAAGCAAAAAUCAACACAGACGAACCGGACGGAAUCACUGGUGUCGUGCCUGCGCCAUCUCUUCGCGCGAUGAAUGAGCCAAGGAGCCCGUUUCCGGAAACACCAAUCAAUGACAAACCAUUCCAUUUCCCAAGCUCAGUAAAAGAACCACCAACCCUCGAAAUCACACAGGCUCCUACUGAAGAUGGCGCUGUUGAUGCUGCUGGGGUGCAGGUUAAUGAAGAAGCAAAAACAACCCCGAACGGUGUUCCAGAUGACAGAUCAGCAAGGUCACGAUCCGUGUCGCCAUCUGCUAGUGGAGCUCGGCGCAGGCGCCGGGAAGAUGACACGGCGAAAUAUUGCGAGGCACUUGGAAUUGAUCCCGGGAUCCUUGACGGGCGUGGUGUUGACUUCGAUGAUACGUUGACGAGCCUCGGCUGGAAUGGGCGAUUAGAUGAUGACAAAAGAAUCGAAGACCUCGAGGCAGACGUCCGCCGAGAGAUUGGCCGAGUGGAAGCUACCAGCUGGUUAGGAAACCUUGAGCAGCAGGAAGGAAAGGUCGAUCACCUUGCAAGAUUGAUUGAUAAGACAAUUGAAGAAUGUGAGGAGCUAGAUGGCCUUCUAACUCUAUACUCACACGAACUCAAUACGCUCCAUGAUGAUGUAGCUUUCAUUGAAGCUCAGUCGCAGGGUCUACAAGUGCAGACUGCCAACCAGAAGCUCCUUCAUAAUGAGCUCCAAAAUCUGCUGAACACACUAUCGAUCUCCCCAUCCUACCUACAGCCAUUAAGGGAAGCCUCACUCAGCAACUGUGAUGGGCUGAAAGAGACUGAAGCUGUGUUGUCAACGUUGUACAAAGCAAUGUUGAUGAUUGACUCUGACAUCUGGCAAAAUAAGAAACGGCUAGUCGAUGCCGCCGGGGAACACUCCAGUGUGGGUGUGUAUGCUGACACCGAAAUUGGACAGAUGCGCGCAAUCAAGGAGAAAAAAGAAGAGUAUCGUUCUGAAGCUCGGCUGUUCUUGCAGCGGCUGAAGCAGUUUAUGGUUGUUGCGUUCAAAAUUGCAGAACAGAAAAUGCUCGAUGCUGUAGCCAAUAGCAAGAAGGAUCCCAUGAAGCUCGACUCUGCAACUCGCAACUUCUACCGUCAGGAGUUAUGGAUGUAUAAUCCCUUGAUGUUGUUUGCCCGCGAAGUCAGCAUGACCGAAUGGCAUGGCCUCAUCAGUUUAUAUGAACAGCAAGCGCGAAGACCUUACCAAAAUGACUUCCGUGAGAAUAACUUUGCGUGGAGAAGAGCGGCGAGGCAGCACACCAGUGACGAACAUGAAAUCUUAUUUACCCACCCAGAGAAAGAGAAGGAAAGUGAGAGCAUUGCCAUGGCAGCCCGUAAACUAACGGUGAGACGUGGCAAGACUGUCAAGGCCACAGCACCUCUACGACUCGCAUCUAGCGAGACGCGCAGUGGAAAACUAGAACCUUUUGAAGCAUUCGCGGGGACCUUGGAACAAACUCUGAAUAUGAUAUCCGACGAGCAGGAUUUCGUUAUUCAAUUUUUCCACUUGAACUCUGUCUCCAACGCCGACUUUCCCGAUCUCGUGGCAGCUGCCACACCUGAGGACCGUAUACGUCCGGAUUUCUCGCUUAAAGAAUCUCAUGAUCCUGAUCGAGCGAUGGCGAAGAAAGUAGAGGCCGUUAUGGAUGAGCUCUAUUCAUUUUGGUCGACCGAUAUGGAAAAUCUCGUGGAUUGGGCUACGAAAACUGAUCCACUGCAAGCUGUUGGUAUCUUAUACGCCAUUGAAAAGGCCAUUUCGGAUUUCGAGGAAACAAACCAAGACUUCAUCAUCCAUUCACUCCAGAAACUCCACUCGCGCCUGGUAGGCAUCUUCAAUCGGUUUAUUGAUGAACAGAUCCGUGGAAUCGAAGAGACCAAGGUGAAGGUCAACAAGAGGAGGGGAGUCAUUUCAUUUAUGCGCGUGUUUCCUCAUUUCUCUGCGGCUGUGGAGAGCAUGAUUUCUCAUUCUUCCGACGACUAUUUCGAUGUCCGACUUAGUGUCAAUGGGGCGUACAACAGAAUUAAUCGGGCCAUGUGGGAAUCGCUAAAGUUCAUAGCCAAGGAGGCUCCCGGUCAGCACUCCAGUGCUGCUACGGCGGGUGGCGAUCCAGAGGAUAAGGAAAUAUUGAACUACCACAUCCUCAUUAUCGAGAAUAUGAAUCAUUACUUGGAAGAGGUGGACAUCAAGGACAACCCUGUGCUGGAAAAGUGGCGGGACCGGGCACUGCAGGACCUGCAGGAGCACAUGAAACUAUAUCUUGAUGCAGUGAUCCACCGACCGUUGGGCAAACUGCUGGACUUUAUUGACUCAACGGAAUCUCUGCUGACGAACGUGGCCGCGCCGGGUGACGUUUCUCACCGUGCUAGUCACUCGCGGUCCGUAGCCAAGAAAGUCCUGGCAUCGUACGACGCGAAAGAAGUGCGACAGGGUGCACAUCUACUGAAGAAACGCGUUGAGAAGCAUUUCGGAGACGCUGAUGAUCCGGCGCUCAGCCGGAAUUUGGUGGUGAAGGUACUGCAGGAGUGCGAAGCUCGCUACGAGGACGCUUACAACCGCACGCGGCGAAUCAUUGACACUGUCUAUGAGGGCCAGUUGGAGCUGGAGUGGCGCCUGGAGGACGCUAUCAUGAUGCUCAGAAGAUGAGCAGUGUUGUGUUAGAAGCUGUGUUUUCAAGGACCUUUCUCCUAUUUCCUGGUGCUGUCGAGUUUAUCUAGGUCAUCCAUCUGGGGGCGCAUACGGUGCAUUUGAGUAUUUAAUUUGCAUUUUGAUAUCAACCGGGCCUGCA